AUGGGGAGAUUGGGGCCCACCCGGCUUCCUAUCAGAUCGAUACCAGGGUCUCUUUAUCCAGGACCAUAUUGGCUGCGUGUGCAGAUAACUGUUUGCCUCCAACUAACAUGUUCAGUUUAUAUUUGUACACGUAUUUACUUUUAUUGCAGUCAGGCAGUUGUAAUAGACAACACUGUGUAUUUGUCUGGAGUUCUUGGUUUGGAUCCAAGCACAAACAAGUUGGUUGAUGGAAACACUGUUGCCCAAGCCAAGCAAGCCUUCAUUAAUAUGAAGAACAUUCUGGAAGCAGCAAAUUCUAGUUAUGAUAAUGUUGUGAAAGCUACGGUUCUCCUUGCAGACAUAAAUGACUUCGCUGAAGUGAAUAAAAUUUAUAAACAAUAUUUCAAAGAACCAUAUCCCGCAAGGACGGCAUACCAAGUAGCAAAGCUUCCAUUGGAUGCAAAAAUUGAAAUUGAAGCCAUUGCAGUGGUUGGAGAAAUAGUAGACCACUCUUCCUGACUAGGAAAUGCAAAAUUGUAAGGAAUGUGGGGAUAUGAAUUGAGUCUCUCAGUGCUCAGCUGUAUCUGUAAAGUGUGAGAGAGCAUUUAAAUAUAAGGGGCAUUAUUCUCAUUGGGGCAUUUAUUGAAUAGUUGUAGGAAACAUUAAAUAUACCAUAAUACUUUGAAUAUAAGAAUAUACGUUUUUUUCCCCCCCAUUGCAUCAUUGAGGUACAUCUUAAAUUCGAGGAAUGUGCACCUUUCUAAUUUGUUUUCCCCUAAAACCCACAGUCACAAACUGGAUGUGCCUUAAAUUCAAAGGCGUCUUAUAUUCGAUGUAAUACGAUAUUUUAUAUCAUAUAACGAUAUUUUAGAACAAAUUGAACAAUUUUUUAUAUGUUUGCUUUGAAGAUCUGGCAGCAAUGACUGUGAAGUUUACUGUCAUUAAGGGUGUGACACAGCAUAGUCUGGUAGAUUGCUAAUUUAUAUUUUGGCAAAAUCUGCUCUGUCAGUCUUCUACCCUGAAGAUGGAAGCAGCAGGAUCAUAUGAAUUGUUGAUCAACCAGGUUGCACAGCAUCACACCCCUGAAGACAGGGAUUUCCAAUUGUUUUCUGCCUCUUUUGGAGAACUGUAGAUGAGUUUAAUAAAUUUAAUAUAAAUCCGAGAUCGAAAAUUUUGUAUCACCCAAUAUUUUCAUGUUAAAAUUAUCAUAAUUUGACAUACAAGAGCUAUAAGAUAGCCAGCCAGAUAUGAUGUGGUGUUUUGACUAACCAGUGCUAAAUGUGACAGUGUCCUGACCGAUUAUCCAAGUCACAUUUGGCUUUAUAUGAAUCAGCAGCUACACACUUGCCACUGUCAAAGCCAAAUCUUUGCAAGACAUUACACACUGUCAUGUUUUUCCUUUUCAGAGAGAUCAGAUAGAACGUUUUCAUAAUCUGCGCAUAAAAAUGCACUGAAAUCACCCAGAUAGUGUUAUGGAAUGCAAUUAAAGUUCUUAGAGAAUUCUGACAUAUGAUUUUUAAUGAAUGUAAUAUUAGCUGUUAAUGAAAAUUCUAACAAUUUUGAUGAGAAACAUUUUUAUACACUCCACAAACUGUACAAUGACUUUUAUGAGACUUUUUUAAGAGUCGUGAUAUGUGCCAUUCUGAAUGGUUAAACAAUAGAUCUGGUGCUUGGAAUAUUCACAGAAGGAAAACAUGGAAUCAUUAAAAAUGAAAUACUAUUAACAGUAGUUUCUUUAACAGGAGAAUUUCUUGUUGUCCUCUUGAUGAAUUGCCACUUUUUAUGCUAUGUGAAAUUUCUGUUCUGUCUUUUGAAGUAAAGAGCCUUCAUGAAAUAUGCUUGUCUGUCGUCUUCUCAUAUUCUGUAUAUUUUCUGAUUUUAAUAUAUGUUGUCUCCUACAGAA